GAACGAGACGUUUCCUCCGAAUGGCAAGAUUAACAAAAAUUGCGGGUUGGCUGAAAUCAGAUUUUCUCUGGCACACCCUGUAUACGGAUGAGAAAUUUAAAUUAGCGACGUGUAUCGUGAAUCAUCAUUUCUACGCAAACAGCCACACGAUCGAUGUAAGCAAGAAGAACGUAACCAAAAAGAUGUCGACAGAAAUCCCACUGAAAGUUUCAAUCUGAAAGCAUAUUACAUGCCAGAAACGCCAUUUUGUAUUAACUAGGCAAAACAGUAUAAAAGCAAAAGCGUCGUAAGUACUUACUACUUACGUCGUACGUAGGUAAGAGAAUCAACAGAACAUACGGAAAUCAGAAUCUGGUGGAAGAAGUUGUACAUUUUGUUAUUAAAGUGCGAACAUGACGUCUACAAUUACGGGACGAUUAAGCUUUAAAUUUUAUUUAACAAAUAACGAUAAUACUGUAAAAGAGAUUCGAAGAUUUGAUAGCAAGGUGGACGUAGUAGAUUUUCAAUAUGUUUGUGAGGUAAUAAGAUAUUUUUUUCCCGAACUUCGUGACGAAGAUUUCACAAUCUCGUGGCUAGACAAAGAUCAGGAUAAAAUCGUAAUAAGAAGCAAUCAUGAAUUAAAAAUUGCUAUAAAAUCCAUGUUUGAAGAUUGCAAACUAUAUGUAAGUUUAUGCCCGGAAAAUCAAGAGAAACCAACUUGUAACAACAAAGAGGAAAUACUUUAUUGUGGCGCUAUAUGCGAUGGUUGCGACAAUCCUAUCAAAGGAUUUCGUUACUCGUGUAUCGAAUGCAUAGAUUACGAUUUAUGUUCACAAUGCGAAGCAUUAAAGUUACAUGCAAAUCAUUGUAUGAUUCGUUUCCCGCAGCAGAUGCAAUUGUCAAUUUAUCAAUGUUUCCUUCAAGAAACAAGAAAAUUUCCUUUCAUCCAACAACUCUUAUUAAAGUUCGGUAACAUGAAUCUACAAGUGGACAACGUCGGCUGUUGCCAAAGACCACCAAAACAGAAAGACGGUAAAGUAGACAGUACCCGAUCGUCAGCUCCACUUGGCUGUGUCAUCGAUUCGUUUCUCUCCAACAUUUUAAAUACUUGCGAAACUGAAAAAAAAGAGAAAGACAAAGAAAAUGUGACAGCCGACAAAAGUGCAAAAUUACCGGAAGAAGAAAUAGAACGCACCGUCGAUGCAGUGGAGAAACUUUUGCCAAACGAUAUUACAUCAGUUGUUUCCAGUCUAGAUACAACUGUUAAAAAAACUGAAGAAACAGAAGAAUGGACAGUCAUAGAGAAAAAUGAUACUUUGGACUCUGGAUCCGUAUCCUCCUCAGUUUCAUCCAGUUUAAAUAAUAAUUUUGAAAAAGAAGUUUCUGCACUUGCAUCAGUGGCAUCGUCACCAUCGAAAGAUAAUCCAUCAAACCAGAUGAUUAAUCCUCAAGUAUCGGAAAAGCUUGUCAGCGAAAUUAUCAACGAAAGAUAUCAUCGUAACCCAAAAAUUCAAAGCGCUCUUGCAACUAUGAUCGAGAUGGGAUUUACAAGUAACCUUGAAUAUAUCGCUGAUUUAUUAGAAUCCGAAGACGGGGUUAUCAAUAAAGUACUGCAUUUACUUAUGGACAAAUAAACGCAAAACUUACGUUUGAACGAUAUUUUGAUUUCAAUGUAUAAUAGAAAGAAUAUAGUUAAAACAUUCCUUCGGAUUUAAUGUACCACCGAAAUCAAUAAAAUAAUGCGCGAGCAAAUUUCUCGUUCCUCAUGGUAACAUCAAAAACACUAAACUUUUAUUUU